UUAGUCUCUUUCCACUCCCAUCUCUCCUCUUCGUAGUUCUUAGUCAGGAUCUCUUCUUUCUUCCCCAGCCAAUCCUUCGUUCCAAUCGUUCCCUUCUUACUUCUUUAUCGAGUUCCUUCUUCCUCGAAGAGUACUCAGGCCUGCAGUUGAGGUAUGUAUGUACUCGAAUCUUGUCUCUGUCUCCCUUUAAACUCCUCCUUUUAUCUCUUUAUUUAAACCCAACAACAAUCCUUUCUAUAUCUAUUAGAAUCGCAUGCAGCUAGAGCUGCAAAGUAAUUUAUCAUAACCGAAAUGAAGGAAGUGAGAUUUGGAGAGGGAUUAAAUUUCUUUGACACCAGGGUUUUGUUUGGAAUCGAUUGUAAUUGACAGUGUCAUUUCCAAAUUGCACGCUAGGGUUCUUAUUUAAUAGUGUCAUUUUGUAUUCGAUUUGAGGAUAUUAUAAUUAGCACAAUAUCCUUGCUCUGGACUAUAGACGACCUAAAGAAAACUUAAUGCAUGUUUGAUUUUUAUUCCUUUUUGGCUGCGUUAGGAUCUAAUGCACUUUUUCUACCUUUCUGGAUGUGCCUAUGGGGUUUCAACUGUGGGAAGGUAGCAGAAUUUGGACCUCACCUGCGGCAGAGAGGCCACUCUAUCGUCGAGAUGGUUUUGACUCUCAAUCUCGAGGAGAAACUUUCCAUGAAAAUUGGUGGAGUCGAGGAGAUGCAGAACUUUUCAGAUGGUUUGAUACAAGGAAUCUAGGAAGUGUUGGCAGGAUUUUCAUGAAUGACUGGAAGCUCUCAAAGGGGAUGAGGAAGAGUUGAAGAUUCAAGAUUUGAUUGAUACUUAAGUUACUUAGGAAUAUCUUGUAGAAGCAUAGAUGGAAGCUUUUGAUAGCUUUUAGAUUGUUUGUUCAUAUCAAUUUGAUUUGUAUAGUUUUCAUUUGGUUGGGGUUUCAUGUUACACAGAUUGGUUUUUCAACUGUAUGUUAUUCAAUACAAUGAUCAAU